CCAUUUCCCUUUCCACCAUCCUCCUCUUUUACCGUCUUCUAUUUGAUCCCUUCAUCACUUGCAUCCCAUUUUCCUCUAUUCUCCUCUUCUCUCUCCAUCAUUUCAUCUCUCCCCUUUUUUCCAGACUGUAUCCUCCUUUUAUCUCUCCUCCUCUCAUCCCUCCAUUAUCACCAUUCUCAUUUCUUCCAUUCUCUAAAGCACAAUAGAUUACUAAGAUCCAGAAUACAAAACAUGAUUAUCUAUAGUUUUAUUCAGGCCUUCAUCAGUCCUUUCUACACGUUCAUGUCUUUCUACACGUUCAUGUCUUUCUACACGUUCAUGUCUUUCUACACGUUCAUGUCUUWCUUUGAGAAGAAAGUAAGUCUGUGUCCUAAAUGGCUAUUCCCUACAUAGUGCACUCAUUUUGACCAUAGCCCUAUGAGCCCUGCAAAAGUAGUGCACUAUAUAGGGAAUAGGGUACAUAAAUGUCCGCUGAUAUCUUCCUUCAUCCCUCUUUCAUUUCUCUCUGUCCAGUUCAGAGAACCAGCUGAAGUGGGCGGGGCUUCGCCUGGAGACAGACGUGUGUGUGGCGGGUCAACAGGCCCCUGACCCAGAAGUCAUCCAGAACUACGUGAAGAAGAUCCAGGACAUGGCGGAGCAGGGUAUGCUGUUUGUGGGCUUCCUGCAGCAGCCUGGCGGGGGACCCUGUUUCCUGGGGCACUUGGACCCUGAGGACCUGUCCUCCCUGCACUCCAGCCCCUCCCCCAUACACAGACACCCCACUAGUCCCUCAGAACCCACGAUACCGGAUCCCAGCCCUACAGACUCUGCAGAACCCCACCAGAACCUCCUAGAACCAGAACACAACCGGAACACAGAAGUGAAAACACCAGAACACAAGUCGGUUGACCUCAGAACAAUUGAACAGAACCCUACAGAUACCAGUCAGGUGGAGCUGGACUUGAGCUCCACAGGACCGCUAGAUCUCACACAGGACUCUACUCCAAUAGAAUCAUCAAACAGAGAACACGACCACAGUCCAYGCAAAAUAGCCUCAAUAGAAGACCAACCAAACCACUGUCCAGAUGAACCAGCAGACUCACCAGAGAGACCCAGCCAAAGAGAUCCAUCUAGUGACCAACAGAACCACAACCACGCCCCAACAGAARUCCCUGGCGACCAGGAUCAACUACAUUCUAACAACACAAUAGAGACCACAUGUAUAGAGAGACAACAGAAUGAAAGCCAAGCAGAAUUCAUCAGGAUUCUACUACCCAACUUCAGCCCAACAGAGUUAACACAUGGACUUGGUGGUCCAGACGCAGACAGACAGUGCCAGGGAGACAGACAGAGUCUAAGCCCUCAGACACAGAACCACAAUCAGAGACCGGAAAUAGACCACGGCUCAGACAACCUGGUCCGGUCACCAGAACUAGACAACGGUGACCACGGGUCAGAGUCCGGGGCUGAGAGGGGGUGUAACCGUAGAAACGAUGGCACGGGCGGUGACCCGGAUGAGCAUCUGAGGAGCAGCAGAGUUCCGACCCACAACAACAACAAUCACAUCCGGGUCAAGAGUCCAGACAGAGAAAAGAGGGCUGUAGGGUCUCCACCAGCACAGAGCAGGGUGCAGCUGUUUGCCCUGUACAACCACACGGGGGAGCUGUCCAGCUCUCUGAGGUUCUACUCCCUCAGGGUUCCGCUGCAGCUGCAGAGAGAGGCYGGGCUAGUGACUGAGGUUGACGCCCACUGGCUGGACCACAUGACCCAGCAUUUCAUCAGCGGAGCUCACCUCAUCGACGGCUUCUUUCACAUUGGAGACGACAAUGACAGCGGGGUCUCCUCCGUGGACAGUGUGUUCAUCUUUCAGAGCUCCUCAGAAGAAACCCCACCCACUUCAUACGACGCCAUUGUGGUGGAGCAGUGGACCAUUGUCGAUGGUGUAGUGGUAAGGACAGACUACAUACCCUUGCUCCAGUCURUGGCUCCCUAUGGAUGGAGACUGACGUGUGUGCUGCCUACUCCCAUCGUUAAGACCAACAGUGAUGGCAGUUUGUCCACAAAGCAGAUCCUCUUCCUCCAGAGACCUGCCUUGCAACGCAACAGGAAAGAUUUCAAGAAGUUGAACCUCAGGGGUCGGAACAAGCCGAAGAAAAACUCUGCUGGAGAAAUGCUAGAGAAGAAAGAGGAGAGAAAGGACACAUCCCCAGUGAUGGAGAGAGGGAUGGAUGGACAGAAAAGGAACAUGGAAGAGGAGGAGAGAGAGGCGAGAAGGAAUUGUGAGAACAAAAGAUAUGAGAAAGGGAGAACCGUAGACAGAGAAGGAAUCAAGAGAGAAGAGGAGAGAGAGUGCGAGACAGAAUUUCAAGAAGACUUCACCCAGGGUACAGAGGGUGGGGCCACAGACCUCAACCAGGAAGUAGAGCGGGGGAAUGGCAAAGCCCUAUUGGCCAGACAUGAGAAGGCCGUUAGGUUUGCAGAUCAAUUUGUCAAUCAGAAGAAUGAUGAAGAGAAAUCAGAGGAGAAGAUCACACAGCAGCUGAGUGAGAGAGCGCUGUUUUCUGGAGUAUGUUAAUUAGAUAUAAUUAAAUAUAAAGCGCCUGAGUAGGAGUGCUGAUCUAAUGAAUAAGCGYGGAACUGAUCCUAGAUCAGCACUCCUACUCUGAGAUGUGUUCUGAAUAACGUUACAGGCCCUGACCUGGAUUCAAAUAGUAUUUGUAAGAUUGCUUGAUUGAGCUUGCAUGGUGCCUUGCCUGGAGGGAACCAAUGGAAAAGUACCACAAGUGCAAACCCAGCCCACCUGACACUCUAGGCACGCUCAGCAAGUUGUAAUAUUUCAAACAGCCUACUAUUUUAACCCUGGAAUGGAAAUAAUAAAUAUAAAGAAUGACAGAAUAGGAUGAA